AUGCAUGGAGCCUAUCAAUCCAUAAAUGCUAUACCGACACAACAAUUUAACAACUACCAGAUCAACAGUAGUAAUGGUAGUGGCAGUAGCAACAGCAAUAGCAAUAGCAACGACACCGUCGCCAGCAAUAUUUAUCAGCAAAAACAUGCACAGGAAAAGACGACUAAGCUGGGUGUGACUCAGGCUAUACGUGAUAAAUUAAACUUUUACGAUGAUAGGCUAUGGAAAAGGUUUAGUGCAAGAAGACUAGAACUCAUCGAUACGCUAGACUUGAGUUCGCGGAAAGCAAGUGAGCAAGAGCGGGAUAUUCGAAGAGUUGCCGAGACUUUGCGAAUAGAGUUUCUGUAUGGCCCGGCUUAUGUCGAUGAUUUUGAUAAACUAGUGCGAGCGGCAGUACAGAGUGUUCGAAGGAAUCGGAAACGAAGUCAUAAGAAAGUAGAUGGAAGUGGAGGUGGAAGUGGAAGUAGCUCUCCAAUUGUGAGUGAUGGCACUACAAAUGGCGGCGGAAAGCAUAAUGGAAAUGUACAGAAGAAGGCCAAACUUGGCAAAGAAAGUAAUAACAAUAGUGCAUCUCAAGAGAGCAAGUUUUUGUCAGAGAUUGUACAGAAUGAAGAAGAUGUGUACGAUGUUAACUAUGAUAGGUCGAAGCGAUAUACGCCAAAUGAUGGUGCCAAGCUCACGAUUGAUAUUUUGACAAAGCCAACGUUACCGCCGUUAUCCAACCUCAUGUUGCGAAAGGAUGACGUGACAGAUGCCGCCAAGAUGAGUAUAAUGAACAAGAUUGAGAGAUCCAAGACAUGCAAUGAUACUUUAACCGACCGUCGGACGCAUAGUCUUCAGAUUUUGGGUAAGCUGAUUAUGGCGGCGUGCAUUGCAUACGUGUUUGAAAUAUCGUUUGAAAACAUUAAUGAGCAGUCGUUGGAGUAUUUGAGGAACAAGUUUUCGCAAGAAAAAACGUUGGCAAAGUUUUUUAGAGAACUCGAUCCUAAAAUGGCACAUGUGAUUCAUGAUGAAGUUGCAGUUAUUUCAUUGUAUACACUAUUGGGUGGUAUUGUGAAGGAUUUUGGAUUUGAUGAAGUGAUCAAGCCAUUGGCGGAGAUUUUGCAUACUUCAAUAGUGCGAGAAUAUCCAUUAUUGAGCAAGCAUUCUAGUCUGGCUCUCAAUGUCGUGCGUGAAAGUGCUUCGUCGUUGAGUGAUUUAGCUGAGGUUGCUACUAAGCUCCAAACUUCUUGUGAAGUGGGCAGUGUCUCGAGAUCAAUGAAUAAUUCAGUUAAUAACUCUAUGUGUUCUGUGCACGAGGAUUCACAGAAACAUGCAUAUAAUAUACAGACACGGACACCAACCCCUACUCCGCCAUUGACAUCUACAAGAUCAUCAAGUACAAUAGCACUAUCGGAUCUUCACGAGCAGCAGCAGCAUAAAAAGCAAGUGAUUGUAAGGUUUUUAAAUCGGUGUUUGGAGUUUCUCUACCCGGCUAUUAACUCGGCCACGCCUAGGCUCCAUGAGCUUGUUGAGAAUAUCAAGGCAGCCUUGAAGUUGAAUGAUGUUGUGUUAGAUGUGCGGCACAAAGAUAAGCUCAUACAAACAGACAUGGAGUUGGAAAGAGCGUUUCGGGGCGAUGGGCAUGUGGUGGAGUUGUUUGUUACUACACGCAUCUCGGUGCCUAUUCAAUUCUUUUCCGGACACGCAACGAACAAUCACCGUACAAUCUCAGGUCUAAACAGAGGUGCUGGUGGCCAUAGUAGCAGUAGUACUAGUACUACUACUACUACUACUACUAGUAGUGGUAGUACCUUUCCCUUGAAUCAUCUGCAAAGAGUAAUAUUGCCACCUCCGGUGGUUGAUGGUAGUUUUGAAGGAGCUGUUCCUGCACCGAUAACGAGGUACAAUUUUAUGCAACUUACCGAUUCGCUGCCAAGUAACCAUGCACAUACCAUUCCCAAGUUUGAGCCCUUGCUAUAA